GGCUGAAAUCCUGGCGACCUCAGAGUCAUCUAAACCUCCUAACCAUGAUCCGGCACUUCCAGGCCUCCUGUCUUGUCCCGUUGUUCCUGGUUAGCUUUGCUCAGCAGACCCUAAAGUCUGAAGAUAGGAAGGUGGAUUGCAACAACAACGUGACAGGCACCAUCUAUGAGUAUGGAGCCUUCACCCUCAGCGGCGAGGGGUACAUCCAGUUCAAGCAGUUUGCAGGCAAGCCCAUCCUGUUUGUCAAUGUAGCCACCUACUGCGGCUUGACAGCUCAGUAUCCUGAACUGAAUGCACUCCAGGAGGAGCUGAAGAGCCUUGGAGUCAUUGUGCUGGGCUUUCCCUGCAACCAGUUUGGAAAACAAGAACCAGGAGCAAACUCAGAGAUACUUCUUGGUCUCAAGUAUGUGCGUCCAGGUAGCGGCUUUGUACCCAAUUUCCAGCUCUUUGAGAAAGGGGAUGUGAAUGGAGAAAAAGAACAGAAGGUCUUUACUUUCCUGAAGAACGCCUGCCCUCCGACCUCUGAUCUUUUGGGCUCAUCAAACCAACUCUUCUGGGAGCCUAUGAAAGUCCAUGACAUCCGCUGGAACUUUGAAAAAUUUCUGGUUGGGCCCCAUGGAGUCCCUGUCAUGCGCUGGUUCCACCGUAUUCCAGUCAGCACAGUCAAGUCAGACAUCCUGGCGUACCUAAAGCCUAACCCACUAGGAAAUGAUAGCAACUAACAGAAGCAACUACCUGGCCUCCCGCCUGCAGGAAUGUCUAACAAAGCAUCCUUCUUCCUCCAUCUUUGCUCCACAUCUGCCUAACCAGCCUCCUGAUGACCAAACCGUCCCGUACUACCCAAGCAGCUGCUUAGCAUGUGUGUGU